CCUCCCAAUCCGCAUAGGAAAACACGAUGUCUUCAGCACUUGCUGAAGACGUGCGUGUAAUAACGACUAUCGGUCAUGUCGAUCAUGGCAAGACCACGUUUGUUGACUACCUCCUUGCUGCGAACAACAUAAUAUCAUCACGAAUGGCGGGAAAGAUUAGAUAUCUAGACAGUAGAGAAGACGAACAGCAGCGCGGGAUAACUAUGGAGAGUAGUGCUGUAUCACUUAGAUUCAAGGUAGCAGAGAAGACGGAAGAGGGCGAAAGCGUUCAGAAGACUUAUGUUAUUAACUUGAUUGACACGCCUGGACAUGUCGACUUUUCGAGUGAAGUAUCAACUGCGUCGAGAUUGUGCGAUGGUGCACUUCUCUUGGUUGAUGUCGUCGAAGGUGUUUGUACUCAGACAAUAUCCGUACUUCGUCAAGCAUGGCUAGACAGAGUCCGACCUAUACUUGUAUUGAACAAAUGCGAUAGACUAAUAACCGAGCUAAAGCAUACUCCAGUAGAAGCAUACCACCAUCUCAGUCAAGUGAUCGAGCAAGUUAACGCGGUCAUGGGCUCACUUUUCGCCGGCGAGCGCAUGGAGGACGACUUACGAUGGCGUGAGGAACGUGAGAAGCGUCUUGCACAGCGGAGAGACAAUCAAGCGAAUCAUGCUGAUGCUGGUUCGGUGGACGCAGAAAGUAUGGAUGGUGCAAACGCGGAAUUUCAAGAGAAGGACGACGAGGAUAUUUAUUUUGCACCUGAACGAGGAAACGUCGUGUUUGCAUCUGCGAUUGACGGAUGGGGUUUCCGAAUUGGCAAAUUCGCUCAGCUAUAUGCUGCGAAAUUAGGAAUGAAGGAGGCAAAUCUGAGACGAGUACUCUGGGGUGAUUAUUAUUUAGACCCAAAGACGAAGAGGGUUAUUGGACAUAAGCAUCUCAAGGGGCGUGCGUUGAAGCCACUCUUCGUGCAAUUUGUGUUGGAGAAUAUUUGGGCUGUUUAUGAAGGAGUAGUUCGCAACCCGAAUCCGGAAAAGGUCUCCAAAAUUAUCACUGCUUUGAAUCUAAAAAUCCCGCCCCGGGAUUUGAAAUCAAAAGACCCUCGAUAUCUGCUUUCCCUUAUCUUUAACCAAUGGCUCUCUCUUUCGACGUGUACCAUCCAAACCGUCAUUGAUAUUAUUCCGGCUCCAUCACAAGCGCAGACCACUCGCAUGCCGAAGAUGCUGUACCCAGAUUUGCAUCAACCAACUGUAGAACCGAAGAACAAACUUGAACGUGACCUCUUCUCGUGCAGCUCGAACCCAGACGCAGCUAUCGUGGCAUAUGUUAGCAAGAUGUUUGCAGUGACUGCGAAGGACUUGCCGGAGAAUAGGCGGAAACCGCUCACUGCGGAGGAAAUGCGUCAGAGGGGUCGAGAGCUUAGACACGGCAAGGAUACUUCGGAAAGUGCACUUGGCAAUGGAGAUGUAGAGAACGGACAGGCACUUGCGGAUAUGCAACUUUCAGAGCAGCCUUCCGCAUCACCGGGGCCAGCUGGAGAAGAGCGAUCUGUCCUGCUCGGAUUUGCACGUCUAUACUCAGGUCUCCUACGUACCGGCUCAUCGAUAUACUGCGUGUUACCGAAAUAUAACGAAAGCUUGGGUCCAUCCCAUCCGAGGAAUGUCAAUCAUAUCCUGAAGGCCAAGGUUGAGGCUCUUUACAUCAUGAUGGGGAGAGAACUAGAGAUAGUAGAUGCUGUUAGGGCCGGCAACGUCUUUGCGCUGCGAGGAUUAGAGGGAAAGGUCUGGCGACAUGCGACAUUAUGCGCUCCCAACGCAGAAACCCCUCCUACAGAUGACUUUGCAGUUGAUAGAGCUUGUCUUAUCAAUCUUGGCGGUAUUGUUCGGCAGACCUCUCCGAUCGUCCGGGUCGCUUUAGAACCUACGGAACCAGCGAAUCUCCCUAAGCUUGUUGAGGGGUUAAGAAUACUCAACCAAGCUGACCCUGCUGUCGAGACUUUCCAGCAACAAACGGGGGAGCACGUUAUCCUGACAGCAGGAGAACUUCAUCUUGAGCGGUGCCUGAAGGAUCUGCGCGAACGAUUUGCGAAGGUUGAUAUCCAGCCGUCAGAGCCUAUUGUGCCUUUCAGGGAAACGGCUGUAAGAGCUCCGGAUAUGACAAGUAUGAAAACCCCAGAUGUGCCCCGCGGGACUAUUCAGGGCUCUAGCGCACACUCUGUGGUCAAGUUCAAGAUACGCGCUGUCCCUCUUCCGAAACCGAUACUUGAGUUUAUUCAGGAUAACUUGCUUGUGUUGAGGAAGAUACUCCGUGAAAGGAAGUUGAAGGAACAAGCUGCGUUGGUGGAUUCUAGUUUCUUACCGGAGGAUAAUGAUGAUGACCUGGCUGAGGGUGUAAAUAUUCAUGGUGAUGUGUUCCGGAGGCCGACAGUCAAACCUGACCAGUUUUGGACCGCUCUUGAAGCUGUGUGCAAGAAAGUCGGUUCCGAGUGGCAAAAUAUUGUAGACAAUAUCUGGGCAUUUGGCCCUCAGACAGCUGGCGGAUGUGUUUUGAUUGACUCACGCAAAGACAGCCCAGCUACUUCUUUAAGGAGACGUUUACAACGCACACAAACUACCGAGCCCGUCGCCGGGAGAAGUAGAUUGCUCCAGGAUGCUGAGAGUAGCGUGGAGACUGGGUUUCAGAUCGCUACCUUUAGAGGCCCUCUGUGUGCCGAACCUGUUGAAGGCAUUGCAUACUUUGUUGAAAGCCUGCAAAUCGAUUCCCAGGCAAUAGAGUACGAGAACCCUCAAGUGAUUGGAUCAUUGAUAUCUGCCGUCCAGGACGCCUGCCGGUCAGGGUUGCUAGACUGGAGUCCGAGGCUGAUGCUUGCUAUGUAUACUUGUGAUAUUCAAGCUUCCACCGAUGUUCUGGGAAAGAUGUAUGGGGUGGUAGCAAAGCGACGCGGACGAAUUGUGUCCGAGGAAAUGAAGGAAGGCACGACGUUUUUCACUGUCAGGGCACUCCUGCCAGUUGUCGAGAGUUUCGGAUUUGCUGACGAGAUACGGAAACGUACAUCAGGAGCGGCGAGCCCUCAGCUGAUCUUUAGUGGGUAUGAGAUGCUGGACCAGGAUCCGUUCUGGGUGCCGACGACGGAGGAGGAGCUAGAAGAUCUUGGUGAGAAGGCCGACCGAGAGAAUAUAGCGAAGGGGUACAUGGAUCGGGUAAGGGAACGCAAGGGCCUGUUCGUGGACCGAAAGAUUGUAGAAUUUGCAGAGAAGCAACGCACGCUGAAGAGAUAAAAUUUCAUGUGGCAGUUUUCAUGGCCUAUUUGUGUAUACUAGUUACAUACUUAGAGAUGAAUGUAUUAUCU